UUGCCUAUGCCAUUGACUUCAACAUGCAGAUUUUUGUAAAAACACUUACUGGGAAGACCAUCACCCUAGAGGUCGAGGCGUCGGACACCAUCGAAAAUGUUAAAGCUAAAAUUCAAGAUAAAGAAGGCAUUCCACCGGACCAGCAAAGAUUGAUUUUUGCUGGUAAACAACUGGAGGAUGGUAGAACUCUAUCAGAUUAUAACAUUCAGAAAGAGUCUACUUUGCAUUUAGUCUUGCGUCUCCGUGGUGGAGCUAAGAAACGCAAGAAGAAGAAUUAUUCAACUCCUAAGAAAAUUAAACAUAAGAAGAAGAAGGUUAAGCUUGCUGUGCUCAAAUUUUACAAGGUGGAUGAAAAUGGAAAAAUUCACCGACUAAGGAGAGAAUGUCCUACGGAACAAUGCGGUGCGGGAGUUUUCAUGGCUGCAAUGGAAGAUCGUCAUUACUGUGGCAAAUGCGGUUACACGCUUGUAUUUAAUAAGCCGGAAGAUAAAUGAGUUAAAAAUAUGUAUCUUCACUUAAUUAAACAAGUUUUAUAAAUACAAAGA